GCGAAAUAAUGGUGAACGAUAUACGCGUUCUGAUUUAUAUACGGCUAUUUGCAGUGAAACGUAAACAAUUCUUGAAGCUACACUGCCUAACGUAGGAAUGGAACGACUUUGGUUCAGUUUGGAUUGGCUUUCAACCAGUUUCGGGAUAACGUAAGCGGUAGCUGUAUGUGUUUGCAGUGGCGGGGUGUUGGCAGCAAGGAAGGUUUUGCCUAACAUGGCUGCAACGCAAGCUGGAAGCCAACAAAAUGAAGUAAAACGUGAGCAAGUGCAAAAUGAUCAACCUCCAGAUUUAAGUAACAGUGUGCUACAAAAUGGUACAGAGAAGAAUGGUGGACGCGGAAUAACUGGAACUGAUAGCUUAGUGAGUACGAAAACAAAAGCAUCCGGUCAAAACAGUCUCACCGUUGAGAUGAGUCAAUAUCGACAGGAGUCAGGUACAGGACCUCAUAUUCACAACAGUUCUGGUAAUGGUGAACAAAAUUCAGGCGUAUCGUCUGUAGAUAAUAACAAAGUUAAUACUGACAGUAAGUCUUUCGCAUCGAGUGCAGAACAGUGUGUGAUUAGUGAUCCGACGUAUGGCAAAGGUUCAGACAACAACAGCCAGAAUUUGCAGAGUUUUGGUUUAGGUUUUAGUGCAAGAGGUAAUUACCACCCUGAUCAGCAUGGUGCAAGUAAUACGGUGCAAAACAGUAGUGAUACUAGUAGUUUACAACAAAACCCAUUUAGUCAGUUUAACACUCAAAUAAGGCAAAGUUAUCAAGGUUCCAAGCUAAUGCAGACUGGACUAAUGCAUCCGUCAAGACCUGCAAGUGUUGGACCCAUAAUGACUGGACACAGUGGCAGUUACCAGCAACAACAGCAGCAUCAACAGAGGUACCAGUCAGGACAAGGCAUAUCUCAGCCUACUGGACCAACACCUACUUUAAAUCAGCUGCUGCAGUCGUCUAACCCAGUGCAUCGGUAUCAGAACAGUUUUGGCGAUUAUCGAAUGUCAAAAUCAAAUGAACACGGAGCUGUCAACGUGCCAUACAAUCAGCCAGCAACACCAGCCUCUUCAUGGUCUCCUAGUCGGCCAGCAGCAUCGUACAGCCCACACCCUCAGCAGUCAGCAACUCCCAUACCUCCAGUGAUAACUACGCGCGGCUCCGACACCUACCUUAGUGCUCCAGCGGGCCUCUCGUGCCCCCCCUUCGCGGCCGCGAAAUACAAUAGCGACGCCCCAACGGCAGCCUAUGCAGACGCACAGAUGUACUCGUCGCAGGUGCGCGACUCGCUGGGCCAGCUGCACGUGGCGCACUACGCGGACGACCUGGGCGUGCUGGAGGAGCGGCGGACGCGCACGCCGCAGCCGCCGGGCCCCGGCCCCGGCGCCGCCCCCGGGCCCACGGCCGCCUGGCGCAAGGCGCGCCCGCCGCAGCCCCCGCAGCCGCCGCCCCCGCAGCCGCCCCCGCAGCAGCAGCGGUCCCCGCAGCCGCAGACGGCGCCCUCUCCGGGACAGGCGAACUGUCCGUACCGGCCGCAGCCGCCCUCUACGCCGAACGCGCACGCUCCGGAUGCUGCGGAUCUGACUGGGCAGAAUAGCAAUGACAGCUCAAGCGGUCCAGCACCGGGCACGCCCAAUUCUCAGGGUAUGAGACCCACUCCAUCGCCGACUGGCUCCACAGGCUCCCGCUCAAUGUCCCCAGCUGUCGGCCAACAAAACAUUCCGAUGCCUCCUCGGCCUUCGAGCGGGCAGUCUGAUGGAAGUGGACCUACUCGUAUGAGUCAUUCACCGAUGGCAGCUCAAGGGAACUAUCAGCAACCAUUGGCUCCUCCAUCACAUCUGCAUGGAUAUAAACUUCCUGGCCAACAAAUGGGUCCUUAUGCGCCACAGGGUCAGCAGUAUCCUCAAGGUAGCUUCAACCAGAGGCCACCGGGACAGAUGGGCAGUGUGCAAUACACUCAGAGCUAUGGUCCAGGCAGUCAACAAAACCCACAGGCCAACAGUAUGAAUCCUGGGCAGUAUAGCAGUCGUGCAGUGCCAAAUCAUGUACCACAUCCGCAGUUUGGUGGAUACCAGGGAUGGGGUGGACCAGGUUUGAAUCAGCCACCAAAUAUGAUGGGUGGCCCAGGAUCACAGAUGGUUGCAAAAAGUGGUGGGCCACAGUCUGGUGUCCCUACACAAGCUGCCAAUACUGGUUCUGGACCACGACCACAUACCCCUCCACAUUAUCUCAAGCAACAUCUCCAGGUAACACAGCACAAGAUGGGAUUCAGCUCUUCUGUGCCUGGCAUGCCACCAUCACCAGCGGGUCUCCAGGGCUACGGUGGAGCUUCUGCUGCAGGUCUCGGACCUGGUCCCGGUAGUGGUCCUGGCUCACACCACCAUGGUGUUACUAGUAUGGGUCCUCCCACCCACCAUCCCGGGAUGGGACCACCACCUCCGAGCAUGGGACCUCCUCCGGGAAUGGCUCCACCACCAGUAUCGGGAGGGCCUGCUCCUCCGCCACCCCCAGCACCAUCUGUUGCUGCAGGUGCUCCAUCACCGUUGCCUAAUAGCCAUCAUGAUGCCCCAAUGCCUCCGCCUGCACCUUCAGCAAAUUCUCAUCCAGCACCUGUCGAUGUUGCAGAACCUACCCAUGACAAUGGUCUCCCAGUUUCCACUGCGUCAAGUAAGUGA